AUGAAAACUAGUUCCAUAUGCACAAAAAAAAACAAAGAAAUUCUCUCACACCUUUGGUACUAUAUUGGUAAUCCUACAAGAUCUUUACGUUUUUACGUAAAGUCAAAAGUAAAAGGAAAUUUACUAAUUUCAUCUUUUACGGAUUUGCCUUUGACUGUACAAGAAUAUGUGGAGCUCAGCAUGUCUGGAAGCACAGGAGAACGUUCUUUUGCUGAUAUUAUUACCAGUAUUCGAUACUGGGUUAUUCAUAGCAUUACUAUACCUUCCCUAUUCAUUGCGGGUUGGUUAUUCGUCAGCACAGGUUUAGCUUACGAUGUGUUUGGAAGCCCCCGGCCAAACGAAUAUUUCACAGAGAGCCGACAAGGAAUUCCAUUAAUAACUGGCCGUUUUGACUCUUUGGAACAACUUGAUGAAUUUAGUAGAUCCUUUUAGGAGGCCCAAUGACCAUAGAUCGAACCUAUCCAAUUUUUACCGUGCGAUGGCUGGCUGUUCACGGACUGGCUGUACCUACCGUUUCUUUUUUGGGGUCAAUAUCCGCAAUGCAGUUCAUCCAACGAUAAACAAAACCGAAUCCGAAUUAUAGAGCUACGACACAAUCAAACCCGAACGAACAAAAUGUUGAAUUGAAUCGUACCAGUCUUUAUUGGGGGCUAUUACUCAUUUUUGUACUUGCUGUUUUAUUUUCUAAUUAUUUUUUCAAUUAAAUAAAAAUAAAUAAAAAGAAGGAACGAAAUA